AUGGAAACACGCAGCAUGUCGGAGUCCCGUCAAACUCGACGUGAACGUAAGACAGAACAAGAUGCUGAACAUAAGCGAAUCGGAGACUUAGCCAAGAUGCUCAUUCCUCGUUGGAUAGCAUCGAAACGAAUUCAAGGAUUGACCGUAGAGUUAACGGAAGAUGUGUACUACCCGAAACCAGAGUGGGAUAGUUACCACUACUGCGUAAUGUGCGGCGCUCAUGGAAGAUUUCGUCUAGCGCAACACAUACUAAGGAAACAUCCGGAUCUUAGUCACAGAAGCGAUGAAUUUAAGGUGGUGGAACAAGUAAGCCGUGGAAUAACGGAAAGGAUGAAGAAAGCGUCGAUAGAUAUGCACAAGGUUCUGGCGCCAGCUACUAGUAGAGAAUACCGCAUUUACAGAGAAAUUUUCGAACAACUACGCGAGUGCGGAAUCCCCGUAAAAGGAAGUUACGAGGAACCUGAUGUAGUGACGCCGGUGCAGACGCAAGAUCAGAUGUUGAAGGUGAUGACAGAUUUGAGAGAUCAAAUAGUACGUCAGAUAGGCGCGGAUUUCACCAACGAACCAGGGCCGUCUGGAGUCGAAUCACAAGCCGCUCUUCCCAGUGUCAUCGUUAAGGAACAACCUGGACCAACAUGUCCACCCACAUGGUCCGCUCCCCUUAUACCACGAUGCAGGCAGUAUCGAGUACCUGACGAUCCCGAUUACAUCGGAGGUGCAAAAGUGGACAAGCAGUUCACGAGUCCCCCAUGUAAGGAAUUGAUGUUUGCGCACCAGUGGGACGAUUUCAAGGACGGGUAUACGGAACAACGCUUCAACGUACCCAAUUCUCUGCAGACUUCCCAAGAUCAUCCACUAUUCCAACGGUAUAGGGAAUACCUGGAGUCGAUUAUGAUAAUACCUGUGGACGGAGGAUCAAGCAUGGAGAUUGAGAAUAAGGGACGUGCAACAUACGUGUCUUAUUUGUGCCGCUUCAUGUUAGUUGCGAUGCGAUCAAGACGAAGACUUGGUCGAAUCGUCACGAUGGACGAUGCGAUCUUUUCGUCCGGUAUACUGCUAUCGUUCUUCGAAACAAUACAAAAAGCCAAGGUCCCAGUAACAACCAGGAAGGGGUUUAUUAAAGCGUUAAGCACAUGGUACCACUUUUUGCUGCUUGUCCUCAAUACUGGUAUGGGACAGCAACGUUUGGCUGAAGUGGAGCAGGCGAGAUAUCGUGUGAAAGAUAUUUUGGAUAGGAUGAAAGGAGAGGAAAAAAUCCAAGUUUCUUUUCGUGGAGUGUUGCCAAGAAGACAACGAAAAGCAGAGACGUUGUACUGUGUAGUUCGCAUGAUCGUAACUCACAACCGAGUGCUCAAUGCGAUGAGGGAGAUAUACAGCGAAUUCGCCGACACUCAUAACCUAGAGCGAAGAGAAUACAACUAUUUUAUGGGAGCUCUUAUGGCGUACAUUGUGCACUGCAAUACUGCGAGGAACGAGUGCAUCUACAAGAUGAUGUACGGCUCUAUAUAUCCUCCGUCCGACCGUGAGCCGUCAGAAACUGGGCUUCAGAAGAAAUCGAUAACGAGAAGAGAUGGUGUAAUGGAAGAUUAUUGGGUUGGCGUGUACGGGAAAGGAAAGACAGCGGAAAGAAUACGCGAAGAAAGCACCUAUCGAGGGAAUUUUUUCGUCAUCGAUGAGGUGUCGCGGUUGUUGGUUGAAAUGUACACCAGAAUGCGUGAAUGGGUAGCUGAACGUAAUGAAAUCCGUCUAGCAAGUAUUAAACAACCCGAUUCACCGUUCUUCCUUAGUUGGUUCGGUCGAGCAGUGUCGCGAUCGAUGGUCCCAAGACUAAUGAGGAGAUUUUUUACAAAUUCUGGUUGUGAUAGUCUAAAUAUCUCCUGUAACACGUCAAGACAUCAGACAGCCAGGUUGCAAUACGAACGAUACUUGGAGAAAUCGUAUCGAAAUCAACAAAUGCCAGGUGUAGAUACGGAAUGUGCUAUUCUAGCAGGUCACAAACCGUUAACUCAACUACUGAACUAUAACGAUAGCUACAUCUCUGCCUGUGCGAUAGCUUACAGUCGCCUAAAGAAGUAUGCGGAUCGUGAAGCAAGGAAAAAUGCGGAUAUCAUCGAAAGAGUGAGGUCAAUGGUGAAGAUCGUGAACUUGAAGGAAGAGUUGACGCGUGAACAGGAAGAAGCUGAAAUAGGCGAGGAUCUAGAAACACCUGAAAGUGUGGCGGCGGCAACGGCAGCAGCAGCAACAGACGACGGCGAAACAACGUCACUGUCUUCAGCGGAGGGAAGUGAUUAUGAAGCAACAGCUGUGUCUGCAAGAGAACACACUCGCAGCACAUCACCACAAUUGUUGAGAAGAUCUGCGCGACAACAGAAGCGAAUGCGAAAAGAUCCAUACACGUUUGAAGUUGAAACGGAAGGAGUAGGAGAAGCAGGAGCACUUGAGAGAAGCAGCUCUUCAUCCACUGCUUCCUCUUCACCAUUGGUGCGACGAAGAAAAUAUCCACCAGUGAAAGGGGAAAGUAGUAGAAGCGCGCAGCUAUCCGCCGGCGGUGAUUACAGGAUCGAUGAGGAACCAGUAUCAAUGCUUGUGGAUCCAGACGAACUGGCGUUCGAAAGUGUGGAGCCCAGUGCAGCCGAGCUCGGCGAGGACGCAGCUCGACGAGAUCAGUUAAGAAAGACGUGUAGGAGGACGGACACCGAGUUUGUUGCAGAGAAGCCGGUUAAACGUAUAGUAAUCGACGACGAAGACGACGAGGAGGACGACGACGAUGAGAAAGAGGAGUAUGAAACCGGGACUGAUAGCCAAGUCACUGACGAUCGUCGAACAUUUGCUUCGCCUUCCUCACUGCUGCCAUCACCACCCGAAGUCGGACCUGAGAAAUCCGACGAUGGUGGCGACGGCAGCGGCAGCAAUGGCGGUGAUGACAGUGGUGAUAGCAGCAACUCGACAUCCGAUAGACUUGUAAUUGUCGAUGAGCCAGCAAAAGGAACAGCGCCACCAACAUCAUCAACGCCACAAUCAUUAGCCAUAACAGCAGCGGCGGCGAACUCACAACUCACUGAGUCCACACAACGGCAAGAAGUGGUAGACGUUGUUACCGUGCGGUUGCAGCAAUUAAACGCUACUGAAUACACGGGCGGUCUAACGUCGUUCUCAACGGAUUUCGAACGAAGGGAUUUCUUGCGACGAAGGCAGCAAGUACCAAUACAGGACUUUCCAUGGGUAGAAAUAAGAGAAAUUCCUAGUAUUGGUGGAAGAGGAGUGUUCGCCAAAGUCCCAAUCCCAAAGGAUUCCGUUGUCUGUGACUACCGUGGACUGGUGAAAAAUUUAAAAGAAGUCGACGAGAUGCUUACGACAUUGACAACCGAGCGACGGAAAUAUGUAGAGGCGUAUUUAGUGCAAUAUACAGUUCGUGAAUCUGGAGAAAUGUACCAGCACGCAAUACUCGCUCAUGAGCCAACGUACAAAGGAACAGUUACUAUUGGAAGGCUUUUGAAUCACAGUUCGAAACAUCCCAAUUUAGCGAAUCACGUUUAUACGACACUCAUCGAAGGAAGGCUCGAUUCAAUGGUGUACUUUAGAGCGAUACGAGAGAUCAAGGUAGGCGAACAGCUGCUGUGGGAUUACGGAAAGCAGUACAAUAAAGAGUUUUUGCGGAAGAAAUGUAUCUGUAAUGUGUGCGAUCCACAGCUAGUCGAAGAGUCAACCGCUUGCCUCAAGCCAUUAACAACCACGGAAGUGGCCACCGCCAAACUUGAAGCGAAGGCAGAGCCGUGGAGUGGUGAUCCAUCGUUGUCCCAGCAAGUGUUCGGAUCUGCACUACGCCGUGCACCCUUCGGUGUUCGUGAUCUGUUGUUAUCGGCGGCACGUAAAGCAGGAGCUGGAGGUUUUCUUCUCGAAGACGUAGGAGGCGAUGCGUUUACAGCAUACGCACGGAGCCGAAAUGUGGUGUUUGGUGUGUCAGGGGAAGAACACUUCACUGCUGACAUAACGGUACCACCAGAUUGCACAAACAAUCUUUGUCGUAUGUUGUUGGCUGCAUACAAGGACGCGUACAGACGGAGAAACGCAGUGAUUCUAAUCCUGAAACGUAUGGAUCGCGAUCGUCACCCAGCUGUAUUACUGCUCGGUCCUCGCCUGCCCGUAUCGUCGAAACAGCGCUACAGCUGUUGCCUCGCCUACGUUGGACAUAAUGACAAAGUGUACCCUGUGAUAUCUGCCUUAACGACGGAUGGUCCUUCUGAUGAAAGCUUCGCUGAUCUUAAAAACAAUUUAAAAAUUCAACAGGAUGCUGCACCCGCUCACAAGUCGAAAAAGACACAGGAAUGGUGCGGGAACAAUGUUCCCAUUUUCAUUUCUGCGUCUGGAAGGCCGGCAAAUUCACCAGAUUUGAAUGUUGUGGACGAUUUCACUUGGACUAUUCUGGAGGAAAAAGCAUUCGCUGAAAGGCUUACUACUUUUCAAAGCCUGAAAUUCACGACAGAAAAAGAAUGGAAAGAAAUUCCACGAGCAAUUCUGCGGUACGCCACAGAGUAG